AUGGCUAAUCUUCCUCCUUCGCUCCCUUUGAAAUCUGUCGCUUUCUCCGGAGCUUCUUCUUCCGGCAACGAUCGCAAUUUAUCGGCGGCGGAGCAGCUGGUACUCGACAUCUGCAACCCCACACUCAGGGAGAAUGCUCUUCACGAGCUGUCCAAGAAGAGAGAAAUCUUUCAGGAUUUGGCUCCGCUUUUGUGGCAUUCUGUUGGUACCAUCCCUGCUCUUCUACAGGAGAUUAUCGCUGUUUACCAUCUCCUUUCUCCUCCAACAAUGACUCCUGCUCAAUCAAACAGGGUCUGCAAUGCCCUUGCGCUUCUUCAGUGUGUUGCUUCUCAUACUGAAACGAGAAUGCUGUUCCUCAAAGCUCAGCUACCAUUGUACCUGUAUGCUUUCUUGAAUACAUCAAGCAAGUCAAGACCCUUUGAGUACCUGCGUCUCACUAGCUUGGGGGUUAUUGGUGCACUUGUCAAGGUUGAUGAUACAGAAGUGAUCAGAUUCCUUCUGAAAACUGAAAUUGUCCCAUUGUGCCUCCGGACAAUGGAAAACGGCAGCGAGUUAUCAAAGACUGUUGCUACCUUCAUUGUUCAGAAAGUUUUGCUUGACGAUGUUGGGCUUGAGUACAUGUGCACCACAGCGGAGAGAUUCUUUGCUCUGGGUCGGGUUUUAGGAAAUAUGGUUACUUCACUUGCAGAAGGACCUUCUCCUAGGCUGCUGAAGCACAUCAUACGCUGUUAUCUCCGCUUGACAGAUAACGCCAGAGCCUGCGAUGCACUUGGAAGUUGCCUCCCAGAUCUUCUGAGGGAUGCUACCUUCAGCAGCUGUCUCUUUGAUGAUCCACCUGCCAGGCAAUGGCUGCAGCAACUGCUCCACAACAUCAGUGUUGGCGGUAGAACACCUCAAGGAGGGAUACCAGGGUUUGAGCACCUGAUUGUGAAUUAA